UAAAGAAACAGUUCGAUGAAGCGUGUAAACGUGCAUCAGUAUUGUCUCGGUUCCACUUGGUUGGGUUUGUUUGACCACAUUGUGACUUCCCACUUUACAAGCUGGCUGUUAUUAAUACAGGAUACAUACCAUGUGAUAGAGCAGAACUUGGCAGUUCUUCGUGGUUUAGAUCGUUCUGAAAUGUGGUCGGUGUUACUGGGUGUGUUAGCGGUCGCAUCCCUGGGGGCAGCGUGCACCCCUAGCGUGACGACAGUGAGUGGGACACACGCGCCUGCCACCGUCUGCUCUGGCGCGCUCAUUUUCGCUGAUGACUUCGAUUCUUUCGAUCUCGAGAAAUGGCAGCACGAGAACACUUUAGCCGGAGGUGGUAACUGGGAGUUCCAGUACUACAACAACAACAGAACAAACUCCUUCACCCACAGCGGACGUUUGUUCAUCCGUCCCUCUUUGAUGUCAGACCAGUUCGGUGAACAGUUCCUGAGCUCUGGACACUUAAACGUUGAGGGAGGAGCACCCGCCGACAGAUGUACAAAUCCUCAAUGGUGGGGUUGCGAGCGUACGGGAUCACCUUCAAACAUUCUGAACCCAAUCAAGAGUGCACGUAUCCGAACUGUCAAUUCCUUCAGCUUCCGUUAUGGCCGCGUUGAAGUUCGCGCUAAAAUGCCCGCUGGAGAUUGGCUUUGGCCAGCUAUCUGGCUGAUGCCAGCCUACAACACAUACGGCACUUGGCCCGCAUCUGGAGAGAUCGACUUAGUCGAGUCUCGAGGCAACCGUGCCAUGACUUUCAACGGAGUCCACAUCGGCACACACGAAGCCGGCUCCACCUUGCAUUACGGACCUUACCCUGCAAUGAACGGUUGGGAACGCGCUCACUGGAUCAGAAGGAACACUGCUGGAUACAACAGCAAUUUCCACCGCUACCAGCUCGAGUGGACCCCAGACUACUUGAGAUUCAGUAUUGAUGACUUGGAACUGGGACGUGUGACACCCGGCAACGGUGGUUUCUGGGAAUUCGGAGGCUUCAACAGCAACCCCAACAUUGAGAACCCCUGGAGAUACGGAAGCAAGAUGGCGCCCUUCGAUGAGAAGUUCUACCUUAUUAUCAAUUUGGCUGUGGGCGGCACAAACGGUUUCUUCCCCGAUGGUGUCAGCAACCCCAAUCCUAAGCCCUGGUGGAACGGAUCACCAACGGCCGCAACCGACUUCUGGAAUGGCCGUUGGGGAUGGCUUCCUACCUGGAACUUGGGCGUUAAUGAUGGACAAGAUGCCUCGCUACAAGUGGACUACGUUCGCAUUUGGGCUUUGUAAAAAUAUUUACUUGUUUGUUUAUUUUUUAUUUUUGUCAUGAGUCAAGAUGCUCUGUGUACAUAAACGACUGAAAUUACAAUAAAACAUUUUUAUAAAGUUA